UAAAACAUUCUCUGAGUAUAAAGGAAAUGUGCACUGUUAUUUGAAAUACAUACAUAUGUUUACGUGAUUUUCAAGAACUGUAACAAAUAUUAAUGGAGAGAACUUAUAAUUUGUAUAUUUUUUAUCAUUGCACUGGUAUGAGUCUCUUUUGCUUUUGGGUUGUUUGUGUUAUAAAUUUUAGUUCUUCACAAAAACCUCAGGGACAAUGCCCAAGCCAUGGAGAUCCUACAACGCUGUCAUGUUGUCUGAACUACCUUAACAUAGGCGGCGAAUGCAUAGCCUGUCAGUCCGGGACUAUGGGAAUCAACUGCUCCAGAAUCUGCCCUGAUGGCUUUUAUGGUCAGUUUUGUCUGAAGAAGUGUAACUGUGACCCCACACAGCGCUGCAGUAAGGCCAGAGGAUGUGUGUGUAAGGGAGAUAACUGCCCCAGUGAGCUCGAUUUAUUCAAUGAAUCUAGCCAAGUUCAGUGCAAAUCAAACGAAGCUGCUUUGAUUGUUAUGGGGCUCCUGAUUGGUUUCCUUCUCAUUUUUAUAAUACCAGUAACAGUACAGUUCUACAGACUAAAGCGCAAACGCAGCACGAAAAGGCCACUACAUGCUUAUAUGGAUACAGAUUUAAAAAUGGAAAAUAAAACAUUACAUUCUUACGAAGCUAUGAAGAGAAACGACCUGAAAGUGACAAACGAGGAUGAAAUGGAACAUUAUAUAGAGCCAAAGGUCAUGACAGAAACACGUGACGAGCACUAUUUAGAGCCUGUGACUUCUGGACCUCAAAGAAAGAAUGCGGAAAACAAACAAACUGGGAUUUAUAAUACAAAUUAUUCCAAAUUAAACGAAGCAGACAUUAUGAGUAAAAUGCCACAUAAAUUCAAUUCUGUGCAACCAAAAACCAUAAAAUCGUCAUCACCAACCAAGAAAUAUGAACAGUCUUACCUGGUCAUGACGAGUAAACCAAGACAAACCUACCUAGAGGUCAUAGGUACCGAUCAACCGAAACUACAGUCUAAACACAUUACAUCGGACUACGUCCACGCCGACCCACCGAGCCAGGAAGAAUUGUACGAAUAAAGACAAGUCUUACAAUGCCAAAUGAAAAAAAAAACUGAAGAUAACGAACAGUAUUCCAUUAUACAAAACCUUCAAUGAAAUAUAACGAGAUAACGAACAGUAUUACAGCUAAAACGUCCUUGAAACAAUUAUAAAAAAAUGGAGAAAAGCAAACACGGACCUCCAAAAU